GCUUUCCUCACCUACUGCGCCCGGGAUUCCGCCAUCAAGGCCCAGACUGCUCUGCAUGAGCAGAAGACUCUGCCUGGGAUGGCGCGGCCGAUCCAGGUGAAGCCAGCGGACAGCGAGAGCCGUGGAGGGGACCGGAAGCUCUUCGUGGGCAUGCUGAACAAGCAGCAGUCCGAGGAGGAUGUCCUUCGGCUUUUCCAGCCCUUUGGGGUGAUCGACGAAUGCACAGUGCUCCGGGGCCCUGAUGGGAAUAGUAAAGGCUGUGCCUUUGUGAAGUUCUCAUCCCACACGGAAGCCCAGGCUGCCAUCCAUGCCCUCCAUGGCAGCCAGACAAUGCCAGGCGCUUCCUCCAGCCUGGUGGUGAAGUUUGCGGACACAGACAAGGAGAGGACCCUUCGGAGAAUGCAGCAGAUGGUAGGCCAGCUGGGCAUCUUCACACCAUCCCUUACACUGCCCUUCAGCCCCUACAGUGCCUAUGCACAGGCCCUUAUGCAGCAGCAAACCACAGUGCUGUCCACCUCUCAUGGCAGCUACCUGAGCCCAGGUGUAGCCUUCUCCCCCUGCCACAUCCAGCAGAUUGGCGCUGUCAGCCUCAAUGGGAUUCCUGCUACCCCCAUUGCCCCGGCAUCUGGGCUACACUCUCCACCACUUCUGGGUACAGCAGCCGUGCCAGGUCUUGUCACUCCCAUCACCAAUGGCUUUGCAGGUGUGGUGCCUUUCCCUGGUGGGCAUCCGGCCUUAGAGACUGUAUAUGCCAAUGGCCUUGUGCCCUACCCAGCUCAGAGUCCUUCCAUGGCUGAGACCCUCCACCCAGCUUUCUCAGGAGUCCAGCAGUACACAGGCCCAGCGAUGUACCCAACUGCGGCCAUCACACCCAUUGCCCACAGCGUCCCACAGCCUCCACCCAUCAUCCAGCAGCAGCAGCAGCGAGAAGGUCCCGAAGGCUGUAACCUGUUUAUCUACCACCUCCCCCAGGAGUUUGGAGACAGCGAGCUGAUGCAAAUGUUCCUGCCAUUCGGCAACAUCAUCUCCUCCAAGGUGUUCAUGGACAGAGCUACCAACCAGAGCAAGUGCUUCGGCUUUGUGAGCUUUGACAACCCAUCCAGUGCCCAGACGGCCAUCCAGGCCAUGAAUGGUUUCCAGAUUGGCAUGAAGAGAUUGAAGGUCCAGUUGAAGAGGCCCAAGGAUGCCAGCCACCCUUACUGA